CUCAGGGCCCCCCCCAGCUAUGGACGAGCGGUUGCUGGGGCCGCCCCCUCCAGGCGGGGGCCAGGGGGGCUUGGGAUUGGUGGGCGGGGAGCCUGGCGGCCCUGGCGAGCCUCCCGGUGGCGGAGACCCCGGUGGGGGUAGCGGGGGGGUCCCGGGAGGCCGAGGGAAGCAAGACAUCGGGGACAUUCUGCAGCAGAUAAUGACCAUCACCGACCAGAGCCUGGACGAGGCCCAGGCCAAGAAACAUGCCCUAAACUGUCACCGAAUGAAGCCUGCUCUCUUUAGUGUCCUGUGUGAAAUCAAGGAGAAAACCGGCCUCAGCAUUCGAAGCUCCCAAGAGGAGGAGCCAGUGGACCCACAGCUGAUGCGCUUGGACAACAUGCUUCUGGCAGAGGGUGUGGCUGGGCCCGAGAAAGGGGGGGGCUCAGCGGCAGCAGCCGCAGCCGCUGCAGCCUCUGGGGGCGGCGUGUCCCCUGACAACUCCAUCGAACACUCGGACUAUCGCAGCAAACUUGCCCAGAUCCGCCAUAUAUAUCACUCCGAGCUGGAGAAGUAUGAGCAGGCAUGUAAUGAGUUCACGACCCAUGUCAUGAAUCUGCUGAGGGAGCAGAGCCGCACGCGCCCCGUGGCACCCAAGGAGAUGGAGCGCAUGGUGAGCAUCAUCCACCGGAAGUUCAGCGCCAUCCAGAUGCAGCUCAAGCAGAGCACCUGCGAGGCUGUCAUGAUCCUGCGUUCCCGCUUCCUGGAUGCCAGGCGAAAACGCCGUAACUUCAGCAAACAAGCCACUGAAGUCUUAAAUGAGUAUUUCUACUCCCACCUGAGUAACCCAUAUCCUAGUGAGGAGGCGAAGGAGGAGCUCGCCAAAAAGUGCGGCAUCACCGUCUCUCAGGUCUCCAACUGGUUUGGCAACAAGCGGAUUCGCUAUAAGAAAAAUAUUGGGAAGUUCCAAGAGGAGGCAAACAUCUAUGCUGUCAAGACUGCCGUGUCAGUCACCCAGGGGGGCCACAGCCGCACCAGCUCCCCGACACCCCCUUCCUCCGCAGGCUCUGGUGGCUCUUUCAAUCUCUCAGGAUCCGGAGACAUGUUUCUUGGGAUGCCCGGGCUCAACGGAGAUUCCUAUUCUGCUUCCCAGGUGGAAUCGCUCCGACAUUCAAUGGGGCCAGGGGGCUACGGGGAUAACCUCGGGGGAGGCCAGAUGUACAGCCCUCGGGAAAUGAGGGCAAAUGGUGGCUGGCAGGAGGCUGUGACCCCAUCCUCAGUGACAUCCCCAACCGAGGGACCAGGGAGUGUUCACUCCGACACCUCCAACUGAUCUUGCCCCUCAGGAUCACAGGGGUGGACCCCUCACAAGGCGACUCUUGAAGAGGACGCAGGCAUCCAGAGGACAAACCCCCAAACACAGAAGAAGCACAAGACAGAAGGGCAAAUGGGGUUGUCCCCUCCCCAACUAGACUCUCAGUGCUGGGGGUGCUGACUAUAUGUCAGGGAGAAUGGGACCCCUAAGGGGAAAGUGGGGUCUGUCUCCUCCUUUUUUCCUUUUUUCAGUCUUUUUCCUCUCCCCCUUUCUCUCUUACACAGAAACACAUACCCAGAAACCUAUUUUUCUGACCCCCUUUUCUCCUCUUCCUCUGUCUCUGUCUCUCUGCUCUUCUCGCUCCCUCUCUCUCUCUC